GGAUGACUUGCCAUCAGUAGAAAGCAGGACUUUUCCUACUCUGCAAUGAAGUGUGUGUCCACCUCUGAAAAUAUAUCAGUGGACCCAGAUGGAGUCAGAAUCUCAAUCCGAUUCUGAUAGCGGAACAGAGGAGAGGUGGUGCGAAGGGGAUAGAUGCCUUGCGCUAUACUCGGGCGAUGGGAAGCUCUAUGAAGCGAGAAUAAAAACGCUAGUCUUAGAAGAACACGGUAAAGCUGUGGCUGUUGUGAAGUUUGUUGGGUUUGAUGAAGAGGCUGUGUCGGUUAAAAAGCUUCAGAAGAUCAAGUGCCCUCAGUCACACAAGAGAAGCUUCAUGUUUGACGAUGAAGAUCUGGAGAAACCAUUUUUCCAUGACAGGAAACCGCCGGGCCCUGCAGUGCCAUGUAUGUUAUCUGAACAUGGUGAAUGUAUUCCAUACACAAUCAAUAGAUACUUACGAGACUAUCAGCGGGAAGGAGUGAAGUUUAUUUACAGUCACUAUGUUAAAGGCAGAGGCUGCAUUCUUGGAGAUGAUAUGGGACUUGGAAAAACAGUACAGGUUAUUUCCUUUCUGGCAGCUGUACUGCAUAAAAAAGGGACUCGAGAGGACAUUGAAAACAACAUGCCAGAAUUCUUAUGCAAGAAAAAAGAAUCUAGACCAAUUGAAGCCAAAAAGAUAUUUCUAAUUGUUGCGCCCCUGUCUGUCCUAUAUAACUGGAAAGAUGAGUUGGACACCUGGGGUUAUUUCAGAGGUACCAUAUUGCAUGGCACUAAGAAAGAAGCUGAAUUUGCCCGCUUGAAAAGAGGAAAGUGUGAGUUUGCCCUGACGACCUACGAGACUCUACGCCUUUGCCUCAGUGAUUUUAACAGCAUCAAGUGGUCUGCUGUCAUUGUUGAUGAAGCUCAUAAGAUAAAAAACCCAAAUUCUCAGAUAACACAGGCUAUGAAAGCUCUAAAGUGCAACGUUCGAGUUGGAUUGACUGGAACCAUUCUUCAGAAUAAUACGGAAGAACUGUGGUGCGUAAUGGACUGGGCUAUACCAGGAUGCUUGGGCAGCCUAAAUCUCUUUAAAGAAAAGUUUUCUGUUCCGAUUGAGCAUGGGCAGAAGCACGGUGUGACUAAAAGAAACCUGGCAAUGGGAAGAAAGGCUAUCAGGAGGCUGGCAAGAAAACUGUCUUGUUGGUUCCUGAGGAGAACCAAGUCUCUUAUUAGUUGCCAGUUGCCAAAGAAAGAUGACAGGGUAGUGUACUGCUCAUUGACAGAGUUCCAGCAAGCCGUCUACAGGGCUGUUUUGGAGUCGGAGGAUGUCAACCUGUUGCUACACAGCUGUGAGCCAUGCAGUUGUAAUAGUGGACUUCAGAGGAAAAGCUGUUGCUAUAAGAAAAACAAAGAUGGAGUUCCUAUGCGAGCUUUGUAUUUCAGCUAUCUAAUGAUUCUGAGAAAGGUGGCUAACCAUGCAGCCCUGCUGCAGUCAAAGGGAAACACAAGCAAGGCGCAGGAGGUUUAUGUGAACCAGGUCUGCAUGCAAGUGUUCAACAAAUUUCCAGACUUUGUACAACAGAGCAAACAUGCUGCAUUUGAAACAAUUUCUGACCCCAAGUAUAGUGGCAAAAUGAAGGUUUUGCAUCGACUGCUGGAGCAGUGCAGGGGGAACAAAGACAAAGUUCUUCUCUUCUCGCUCUCUACAAAGCUCCUGGAUGUGCUAGAGAAAUACUGCAUUGCGGAAGGCAUUGAAUACCGGAGACUAGAUGGCAAUACAAAAUCAAAAGAAAGGGUCAAGAUUGUGAAGGAGUUCAACAGCACACAGGAUAUUAACAUCUGUUUAGUGUCUACGAUGGCUGGUGGGUUAGGGUUGAAUUUUGUGGGAGCCAAUAUUGUUGUGCUGUUUGACCCUACAUGGAAUCCAGCCAACGAUCUUCAAGCAAUUGACAGGGCUUAUCGAAUUGGUCAGUGCAGAGAUGUGAAAGUCUUCAGAUUAAUAUCACUGGGCACUGUAGAAGAAAUUAUCUAUCUACGACAAGUGUACAAGCAGCAACUUCAGUGUGCAGUUGUUGGAAGUGAAAACGCCAAACGCUACUUUGAGGCAGUGCAAGGUUCAGAAAUGCAUUCAGGGGAACUUUUUGGCAUUCAGAACCUUUUUCGUAUGCAGACUGAAGGGUCCUGUCUAACAAGAGAAAUCCUUGAGAGAGAUGGUCGGGUGGAAUCAGGCAUAAUGACAGCCGUCACUCGAAUGAGAGAGGAAACUCCAGUACGAGGAAUGGAAACAACAACAGGGCCUAAUGGUGAGCCAUCUAAAGAAAAUCCAGAAAUCACAGAAAAGAUGAGCAAAGCAUCCAAGGUACCAAAAGGGAUCUUGGAUUUCAGCAGUGACAGUGAGGAGGAUCAUGGAAACAAGUCAAAAUCCAGGGACCGUGAUUCCAGUACCACUUCUCCUGGCCCGGUCACUCUGCUUCACUGUGGAUUUUCUAAACUGCUUGAUGGCAAUAAGGACCUGGGGGAGUGCAGUAAUAUCAGUGGCAGUUCUAACAUGGGAAUUUCUGAAAGCCAGAGCUCUUCAGAUGAAGAUAUGGAGGCCGCUCCAACAAUUGAAUUGCGAAGAUCCAGUAAUUUUCUGCCAUCAGUGACUCAAACCUCGAGACAAGAGCAGCCUCAAAAACAAAAGCUUUGCAAGAAUUGUGCCCUUUCUAGCGAGUCUGAGGGAGACACAGAAUUAGGAAACAAACCAAAGAAUUGUGGCACUUCCAAGAAGACUCUUGUUGCCAGGGAGACCCAUUGUAGUUCAGAAGAGAGUGAUGAUGUCAUCCUUCCUUCUCAAGUGUUAGAUGCAAAAAGGAAAAUUCCUGCCAAGGGAGAAAGUCGGAGUGAAAUCCUCUUGGAAGAAACUGAGGACUCAGAACAUGGAAAUGUCACAGGCCAGUCCUCUAAAUGGCACCAUUUGUUAGCUGGCAAACAAACAGAUCGUCAAACCAAUUCAACCAGCUUCCAGAGUAAAACAGGAUCAGUAGUUUACAAGUCUAAAAUGUUUUGUAAGCUUGGAGAGUAUGGAGAUGAGUCUGAUGAUAUUGAGAUCCCAAAAAAUACAAAGUUGUACACCUCCAAAACAAAAAGGUUAAAGAAGUCAGUAGGUUCAACAAGUAUGACUCUUUCCAAAAAGCAUCAGAAGCAUGUUCAUUUCAGAUUACAAGAGAACAAAACUGAUGAUUUAAGAGCAGAGUCUCAGAGAAUUGAUAACUUCUCCUCUUCAGAAGAUGAUGUUCCUACCAAGAAAGUCUGCUUUAGUAAAAACUGCAGGAAAAGAAACAGGGUACCAGACAGGACGUCCAGCAAAAGUCGGUUUGCCAGUACUGAAAAUCACUCAAGUAAAGCAGUCAAGAAGUCAAGUGUUUUUGAACACAAAUCAUCCCUGAAUGGCAAACCUAAGAUUAACCAAAAUGAGAAGUUUGGAUCUAUGGACACCUAUUUAGAUGGGGUUCAGGAAGUUGCAUAUGCUCAUUCAAAUCAAUGUAUUAUCGGCUCAAGCAAGGCUGAAAAUCGAAUGAGUCGCUCAGCCAUGCGGGAUGUGUUUGAACUGAAAAGGUUUUCCCAGGCGCCUGCCAAUCUAGUGGUGUCCAGUGGCGAGACUUUGUCAGAACAAACUGAUGUGGACCUUACCUCAACAAAACCUACACAGGUGGACAGUGGAAACCCAAAGCCUCUUCAUCUAGCACAUCCUGUCACACAAACGGAGAGUAGAGUCCACAGGGCAGGGAGGACUACCUUCAUCAUUGGAGAGACUCCCAAAGCAAUUUGCAGAAAACAGCUGACGGAGAUAGCUGCUUAUUUCAAGAUGGCUUCAGUGGAGGAGCUGGCAGAUCUUGUUUUUAGAAGCACCACGGAAUCUCGACAAACCAUGUUGAGAGAUUUUUACUGUAGCCAGCAUGCUGAACUGAAAGAUAUUUUGACCGUUGAAUAUUCCAAACCAUUACCAGAGUUUGGGAAACAAAAGACUGGCAAGAACCCCAAUUGUGCCACAUUAGGUUCUUCUGAUGUUAAAAAUAUUUCCGAAACAGAUUUAAAAAGCUUGAGAAAAGGUGCAAGAAAAUUGACAUAUUGGGAAUCUGAGGAUCCAGACACCUCAGAAGAUUCAGGUAGUUCUUUAAAUCAAUGCAAAUCAGUCAGCAAAGGUGAAGAGCCAGUUUGUGUCUCCCAAAGUCUUCCUUUUGACAACCCCCCCAUCGAGUCAGGAAACUCUGCCAGUGAUAGUGUAAAACAGAAACAAAAGCAGCGGCACAGUCUCUCAGUUACAGAACCAUGCAGGGAAAGGUCCAAGUUUGGAGCAAACAAUGAUGCAGAAAAUGGGAACUCUGAGAAGGAUGCCAUCACAGAGCUGCUUGGUGACACCUCUAUCCUUGAUGGUAUCUUUAACACAAAGAACAGAAAUUCUGAGCCACGCAAGUCAUCUGUAUUGUGUCACGUAAAAAAAGCGAAAAGCAGGCCUAAAGAUGUCUGGGACAUCCUAAAUGAAGGAAAUGAGGCGAGCGUUAACAGGCUUACUGAUUUAUCUGUGGUGGAGAGGAUGUGUAUCGGUGUCAAUCGUGUUGCUGCUAAAACGAGAAGAGAAGACCAGGCUCAGGGUUCUCACCUUUGGAAGAAGAAUGAAAAGUUCUUGUGGAAAAAUGCAUUCCAGAUCCUGGUUCAAUUUAAGGUGAAAUAGAAGUUCAUGGAGACAAUGCAUCACAUGCUGGUUUGCCUUUGAGCAGCCAUGGCAGUGAUGCAUUCAAAGAGAAGCUUCCUGACCAUAGUGCUUUCCCUGACCAUGUUUUGGGACGAAUGCAUUGAUCCUGAGAAAUUCCGAAUCUUGAGACGACUGGCUUUGGCAACAUUUACUGGAUCGAUGUACUCCUGUGAGGCACGCUUUUCCAAAAUGAACAUGAUCAAAGGAUAACUAAUGAGCAUCUGCAGCAGUCUCUUCACAUUGCUACCACAGCUGACACCCCCGACUUCAAAAGGGUGGCACUGGAAAAGAGGUAUGGUUAACUGUGUGCUGAUGCGUGCUCAUGGACCUCGGAGGGAGCGGUAUAUGAGGUAAGUGGACUUCCGUUGAAUAAUGUUGGGAACCCCUGGUUUAAAUGAUAUGUAUAAAUCACAAGAUCAUUCCAAGCAUCAUAAUUUUAACACUGUUUUAUACAUUUUGCUUUUACUAAAUGAAAAUAUCAUUCAUAAUGACACAGCUGUCUCUGCUAAUGCAAAUAUAAGAACCUGAGGAUAUCCAGCUGUCCCUGAAGUAUCAGAUGUUCAUUACCAAUAGCAUCAUCUAUUUUGAUUUCCUACUGAGGGAAUUCAGGCAUGUAGGCAGUGGAAUCAAUGGUGGAAAUGUGUUAAAUAAAACUAAUAAGAAAAGCAAUGCACUGUAUAAAUGAAGUAUCAGACAACCAAGCUGCUGUUUAGUGGCUGGUUAAAUUCUGCCUGGAUCUCAUCUGCUACAUGAUGUAAGUCUUUUGAGAGGGUGUCAAAUUGUAUUUGGUUAACAAAAGGUUGUGGCUCAAUUAUGUUUUCUGUAGGAAUAGUUGAGCAGACAAGGCCAUUGCCAAAGCAUGACCUCCAAACCAUAUAUAAUAACAAAUACAAGUACUCUGCAAGGCGGGGACAGUUUACUAGGUGGAUCUCAUUAAAGACACCAUACAUUAAAGACACCUCAGCAUUUGGUGAAUACCAUAUUUAUUUCAAUGUUAGUGCCUCUUGAAUUCAAGUUCCAGCCCUAAAUUCAAGAUCAAAGUAAAGGAUGCUGAAUUGAAGUUACAUGAUACAAACACAAAUCAUUACUUAAAGCAACUUUUCAUUUCAUGAAACCUGAAUGAAAUGUUAAAUCAACAUGAGGAUAAGCAUAGCAGCUAAAAACAAAACAAAAUAUUGCAAUACAUCCAAGUCUUGCCAUGAAAAGUUAAGUAACGUGUUUUAUUGUAAACCCUCCAGCCUGUUCAGUAACACUUUUUAAUUUGGGCAUAAUUUACGUGCAGCAUGUACAGAGACGGCCUUGUGUACCAUGUUGUGUUUGGAGCACUGUGUGAGCCAUAAUUUUAAAUGGAGUUGUAUCUUGGAUAUAAAACAGAAACUGCUGUAACAUUUAAAGUAAAAUAAUUUUAGUUUACCCUAUAGUUUGUUAGCUAAACCGCAAGAGCUAACACUCUAGAACCUAAGUACUGUAUAUGUAAAACAAAAAUAACUAGUCAAAACAGAUUUAUCAUCAAAGACUUGGAUAAAAAUGUCAAAGGAAUUUAUAUUAUGUUGCAAAAGAUAUUGCUGUAAUAAGUCCAACUCAACUAGCAGCAAAGCUAAACAAAAAAAAGUAAAAAAUAAAAAAAAAAAAAAAAAAAAAAAUUCCACACACAUGUUCAGUUGCAGACAGCAUUGUGGAGUGCAUUACAAAGUUGUAGAAAGAAUUCAAGCGAAAGUUAACGAUCUGAUGAAAUGAGCUCAUUUAACAGCAUUUUAUUUCCAAUGUAUUAUAGGUCUGUGUAAAGAAUCUCUACAACGUGAUGGUGAAAUAUGAAAAUGUACUCAUGAGAAUACACAAACCGAUGUUACAGCAACAUUUAUCACUACUUAACCAUCUGUAGACUUCCCCUAAUGGGGGAACGUACUAUAGUACAUAUAAUUUUUCAACUUGUACAUCAGUUACAAAACAAAAGUAUUCUUCUACAUUUCAUAAAUCACUGAAUUAAAAACAUCUAGAUCUCCAAGUGUGGUUAAAUGUAAUUGUGUUAAUGUUUCAAUUAAGAUUCCCCGUAGGAAAAAGGUCAUGCUUAAUGUCCUGUGCUAAAUAAAGUUGCCAACAAGCUACUGCUAAUUCGAUUAAGUUUUAAUUUUAAUUUUUUUUUUUAAUUGAUAUGUGGUUACUCAGCAUUGUGACCAUCAGAAUCACUACACUGAAAUAGGAACUUCAUAAAAGAUUCCUCUCUUCACACUAAUUACUUUUCAAAGAAAGACUGUGACUGUUAUUAAAAGCGGUGUAUUUCAUGCUAUGGCAGUUCCAAAGUGGCACUGGCCUGCCCCUUCCAGGUUUUCCAUGGUUGGGACACGCAUUCUUAAAAUCUAGAAAACUAAAGUACAAUGGAUAAUGGCAUCAGAAAUCUAGAAAAAUCAUGUUCCGUUAUAGGUGCCAAAAGUCAUUUUAAAUAUAGCCAUAGAAGGAACAGGACUGUGAGUCUUCCUUUAAAAAGUACAAAUAUACUGUACACCAUCUCUGGUUCAACAGCCCUUGACAAAGUGCCACAUGAAAGGCUAAUCCUCAAACUGCUGGGAAUCUCUGGGAAUACAAGGAAGUACAUGCAAGUGGAUGAGAGGGGAACCUGUAACUGGGGUCAUGUGCUCAGUGAGGUGCUGCAGGGCUCUGUUCUUGGACCCCUGUUGUUUUUAUAUCAGUGACUUAGAUCAGGGGAUAAUCAGCAAACUUGUCAAAUUUCCAGAAGACACAAAGCCUGGAGGAGUGGCUGGCACACUUACAGCCUAAGGAAAUACAAACAGAUUUAGACAACAUACAAAACUGGGUAGAAACAUUACAAUUGAAAUUCAGUAUCAACAAAUGUAAAAUGUUACAUGCUGGUCACAAAAUUGUAAGAACCAAAUACCAAAUGGAGGUAUAGAACUAGAACAGGCUAACCACGAGAAAUACCUUGGUGUUGUAAUAGACUCAUCAUUGUCAGCAAGGCUAAACAGUUGAACUAUCCCUUUUACUCUUUACAUAUCAUCAUACCAUGUACUCUCCCAAAAAAGCCUUUUGAACCCCCUUAAUGUGUGUUAUUAAUUAAUACAUGUACACAAUCUUUUCAACGGCAGUUAUCAGAAGCCAUCUCAGAAGAACAGCUACCUGUUGUUUUUGUUGGGAUUUGGUAAGUUUAGCAGUGGCUGUUUGGUAAUAGAAAAUAAAAUACCACAGAACGGGUUGACUGUCUUGUACUGCAAGUCAUAGCAGUUUAAAAUAUGUGCAUUCCGUGCUCAGUUAUUCCUGAGGUAAAAAUACACAACAGCACAUUAAGUUGUCAAGAAGGAUUUGCAAUUACUAGUCCUGCGUGCUUUAAAAAAAAAAAGAAUAAUAAUAAUGUUAUGAACAUAUGUUGUUAUUGCCUUUUAAUUAUCGAGAAUAAUAAAAAAAAGGUUUAAAGGACAAUAACUGCAUGGAAGUAGAGAAAAACUUAUCUGGAAAACCCACAAUGCGACGUACCCAAGACUUCAGAAUUCCACAGCUAAAUGUGUGUCUGUGCUGGCUACUGCUACAGAACCUCAACAUAUAAACAUCAUGCUAUGCAUGUAGGGCACCAUCAAAUCUUCUGCUUUUUUGUCUCAUAGAACCAAUGUUAAACCAAGGUUAACUAGCCAGGUCCCUACAAUGACCUGGAUACCUGCUCACCUGCCCCAUGUUGUCUAAUGCUUCAUAUAAAGAUUCAUUUUGUUUAUCCUAAAUAUACACUUAAAUGGAAAAUAACAUAUUGGCUUUCAAAAGAUUAGAACACGUGGCACCUUCAUUUCAAAAGUAUAUUUUUGCAUCCUCUGAAUAGAAGUAAUUUUGUCUGGGACUAGAAGCAGGAUUAUCAAAUCAUCUCUAUAAAAAAUGUUUUGUAAAUAAUGGAUUUGAUCUUGUUAGAAGUAAACAAAAUGUAAUCUAUUUUUUUCUUCAGUAUGUGGUUGAUGCUGAGCUCUCUAAGCCUACAACUGACUGUUCUGAGGACAUUAAAAGGAUUUGAUCCUGUCGGUUAUCAUUGGCUUGUAAAGAUCACAGCUUUUUCUUGUGAACACAGUCUGUGUGUGGUCUAGGAUUAUUGCUUCAAGUCUUAUCAGAUGUUCCAUCUCUCUUCAGUGUCUCAACCAGAUCUGUGCGUCACUAAAAGAAAAGAAAAAAUGUUAUGCAUCGAAUGACGAAAAAAGAAAUAAUACAGAAGGGCAAACCUAUUCUGUAUCUUAAAAUAAUAUUUCAUAAAAAAAAAAAAAAAAAAAAAAAAAAAAAAACAAUGGUUCAAACCACUCACCUGCAGCUGGUAAUAUUUUUUGGUGGGCAACGAUAUUGUGCAUGUAUUUCUAUAUCAAUAAUCAAAGUCUUCCAAAAUACAGAAACCUAUAAUCACACAAUUGCAAUAUCAAACAUAAAUACACACACAUUAACAUAACAGACGUUAGCAUAUAGUUAGUAGUGCUGCUUUGCUUCAUAAUAUCCAUGAAGAAAAACAUGGUCUUGUUACAUGUUUAUUUUUAUGAUUGCAUCAUCAUCUACCUCAAAACCGAAAUAUUUGUGACCUUCACCACCCACAGACUUCGCGGUUGUUAAUUUUUUGGCCAUUCUGGGAAUAAUUGAUUCUUCAGCUGCUCUGUGUGUCCCUGUUGACUCACAACACCUCUAAAAGUAUUAGGUACGGUGUCACGUCGAAUUUUGCAUUAGUUUGAGGUGUGUGUUGAUGUUUUUAUAUUGUUUUGAUGUCUUGUGUAAUAGUACUGAAAGUUCAUAUUUAAACCAUGCCGAUGAAUAAUAGCGUAAGUAAUCACAUGGACAAAAUCAAAUGAAACACUGUAGUUUUAGCAGUAUGAGCUAUAAAAAGUGUCCUUUUUUGAUAUCCCACGAUAUCACUAUAUGGGAAUUAUCGAUAUCAAAAGAUAUUGAUAUAUCAAACUAUCGAUACUGAUGCCCAUCACUAGUAAUUUUAGAACAUUUUGGAGCCUUGUUCAUUUGGAGAUGAUAAUUGAAGUUCCGUUAACACCUAAAUUAGGUUAGUUUGUGCAGGUAUGAAAGGUCAAAAAUGUUAGUUUCACAUCAGAUUGCGUAGUAAAGAAGAGGACUAGGAUUCACCUGAAAGGGCGGUCUCGGCUCGAUUGAGGGGGAACUGUAAUGUGUUUCCCCUUCAAAGUCGGCCCGUGUUAAAGCAAUUGCAUUAGAAUUCAUAAUGCAACAGAAACAGAACCAACUGGUGA